CGGGCACCCCCGUCUGGAGCUCAGUUGCUCACCGCCGCGACGCCAAUUCGGUCAGGGUUCAAACUCCGUCGCAACCCUCGCCGGGUUAUCUCGAUUUCUCGCUCACGUAGAAUCUCAACGGUUACGUAAGACGUUUCGUAUUUACACCGGUCCACCGAUGUAAUAUGUAACGAUUGUCAUCGACGGAAAACGGGGAAAAAAAGAUCAUUUUUUUCUCAAUAAAAUUCGCUGUCGAGACCACCACCGACCAUCAAUCGCGACACCCCUAAGCGAUAAACGUGUUCGUCGCAGCGGUGCGAUAAAUUAAUGAAUAUAAAUUAUUGAAAAAGUUACGUUACGAAGGGAGGAGAUAUAAGCGGAAACCGACCGAAGAUCACGUUCAGCGUCGACGAGGACGUGACGAAAAUAUGCAAUUCGAGUUCGACGGCUGAAUAAUCCGAAGAUACGUAAGCGUGAAGAUCAGUGCUAUAGUUUUUUGAGGAUAAAGAAAAUAUUGUCCAUCGAUUUUUCCCAUGAAGAUUAACGCCCGUCCGUGAUCAUUCUGGUCGGCGAAAUCUGCGACGAUAACGUACGGGGUUGAAAAUAACAUCGUAAUGGAUUUGGUAUAGGAAAAAAAAGAAACUUGAGAGAAAAGAGAAAACGCCCGCAGAUGAACAAUUUGAAUGAAAUAUUUUAACUAGCCAGUGAGUGUGUGCUGCGGGUAAAAUUCCGUAUGGUUUGUUGAAUUGAUUAUUUUUGUUUUUUCAUCCCUUCGUUUUCAUCGAAAGUGAUAAUAUCCGUAUUACAGUGGUUCCCGAUUGAUUUGGAGUUGAACUGCUGCGAGGGUAAAGUAGCCGCAUAGUUGCUCUAUGUACUUAAGUGUAUAGUUUUCAAUUUUCGAUUACAAUAGAAUUCGAUUAAAAUAUAGAAGAAAAGGUAGUAGGAGAAAGGAAAAAAAAAAAUAAAAUUAGUACCGUCGCUCUAGAACAACGAGGGAUAAUACAAAAACAUUAUACAUACUUGUACCUGAACACAACGAUUCUGAAAGCAACGACUUGUAUAGAAUUGUUGGCUCCGACUAAAAGAAUAUAAGUAGAAUAAAGACGUGCGCGGAGAACAAAAAAAAAAAAAAAACCCCCAUUAAUUAAGAUGAAACUGGAACCGCUUGACUCGAAUUGAUAAAUCUCGUUAUACGAGAAACUUGAGAUCGCCACCGAAUUUGUCUUCGGUUAUUGUCCAAUCAACCCCUCGCGUUGUACCGUCGCUCCGCGUCGUGGUGAGAACUCGACUCCGUACAACUUCGCUUCCAGUUGCGGGCCAAACUAUCGAAGAACAUUAUCGAAGAGAAUUUUCGAAAACCCCGAUAAACUCAAUACUCGAAAAACCGAGCCACAAAAAUAAUAGUGUGCGCGAAUCGAGGAUACCGAGAUGUGCGAAUACACGUAAGGACCCGAAAUGGUCCACCAAACUCGACGAGCGAGAUGAGGAAUGCAAAUUUCUGACGAUCGAAAUUGACGUAGAGAAAAAUUUCCGAAUAUCGAGAAAGCUGUAAAACGCGGCUGAAAGUCAUUGGCGAGCUAACGAACGAACCGCGAAUCGAGUAUCGCGUUGGCGCCAGGCAGGAGAUUAUCGUACAAAAGGCCAGAAAGUCAAACGGUCUUUCCGUCCGACGGCUAGGAAAAUAUUUCACGGACCUCGCGAGCCCGACGGACCCUGUCGCCGCGAUAUUCGCGGUCCGAAUCGUAACGCCGUCAAAAAAAAUCGUCGCAGACGAAAAUAGGCGGUGCUUUCCCCCCGUGCGCUCGGGGGAUAUUUCGAGCAGCGACAGAGGGGAAGGACAUCGGUUUCCUUAGACAGUGAUGACAAUUUGAUUCACCACGAUUCAACCAAAGGACCUUAAAAUGCCGCAGCGGUCGCCCUUCGCGAUCCAGGAGCUUCUGGGCCUGAACGGUACCGGGAAUGCCAACGGAUCGGAUCGGGGAUCGCCCCACGGUUCGCCACCGGCGGGUGUAUCGGCGGUCUCCUACGCGCCAACGGCACCCCAUCACAAGUUAUGGGACUACAUGCCGUCCCUCACGAACCACCUCGGUAACCUGGGAAAUUUGGGUAACCUCGGCAAUCUCACCGCAUCAAGAAUGGCCUAUUUGAACGCACAGGCAGCGGUGGCGGCGGCAUUCUUACCGCCGCCGCAUCCUCACCCCGCGCAUCACGUAGCGCAUCACCAGGUCCACCAACCCGGACAACUUCCUUCGUCACCCGGUGGCAACCUACAUCCGGCGGCUCAUGCGCAGCAUGUGCUACCCGGUACGGCGGUGGGUGCCAAUCACCACCAACACAGUCCGAACCAACAUACACCCCCUCACGGAUUCUCGCAAUUGAAGAACACAUUCUCUAACACGAGUCCUGGUAUCGGCCACAGUAUCGAAACGGGAAAAGAUUUCACAGUCGAUGGUCUGUCAGGUUUCAGCAAAAAAAAGAAAAAGAAACGUCGUCAUAGCUCCAGGACGAUCUUCACGUCGCAGCAGCUGGAGGAGCUGGAAGCUGCGUUCAAGGAGGCGCAUUACCCGGACGUUUACGCUCGCGAAAUGUUAAGUCUACGAACAGAUCUCCCCGAAGACCGAAUACAGGUCUGGUUCCAGAACAGAAGGGCCAAGUGGCGCAAGACUGAAAAAUGUUGGGGACGCAGUACCAUAAUGGCGGAAUACGGUCUCUACGGUGCGAUGGUUCGCCAUUCGUUACCUCUUCCAGAAACUAUUUUGAAAAGUGCCAAAGAGAACGAAGCCGUAGCGCCGUGGUUACUCGCGCAAUCGUCUAAGUCGAGCAGCUUUAAUCAAGAUUUCGAAAAUAAUCAAGAUCUGAUUGACUGUGGGUCUGUAGGGAUGCACCGGAAGUCGAUCGAGGCAGCGGAGCAUCUCAAGGCUGGCGGUGACGACAGCGGAAACGACCAUACCGGAAGUGGAAGUAGCCCACACCACAAUCACCACCAAGGUGGACCGGCGAGCUCGGAGAGUGGACAGGAAAGCCAGGACGGUAUGGGGCCAUCUUCUUCCUCCGGUGGAGACUUCAAAGGUGUCCAAGAUACCGAGCAACUUCGAAACGAGAGCAUCGCUUGUUUAAGAGCCAAGGCUCAACAACAUCAGUUGCAGCUAAGUCUUCAGCCUUCCACGGCCCCCGGAACGACGCCAUAUCCGGCCGCGCCACAAACGAGUACUUUACACGCCUGAGAGAAUUAGGAAUGGACGCGGUAUUGAAUUCCUGCAAUAGAAAAAGAAAGAAACAAAAAAAAAAAAAUAAUGAAAAAAAUAAUGAAAAUACGGUACGGAAGCGAAUCGAAAUAUUUUAUCUCUCUUCGCACCAACAUAUAUAUAUAUAGAGAUAUAUAUAUAUAAAAAACAUAGAAAAUCGUGAUUGCGGAUAUCAAUUGUAAUAAUAGCUAUAUGAUAAUGAUAAUUAAUUAUAAUAUCCUCGCCAACCAACCAACAAAUUUAACAUUAAUUAUAUUUAUAUUACCAUUAGACCCGGCCUGUAACUGGGAUUUGAAUCGUAUGUACAUCGAGUUUCUUAUCUGCAUCAGUAUACAUAAAAACAUACAUAAAAAUUAUCAUUUUUCAUCAUAAGGUACCUUGAAAAAUAAAUGAAUUGAAAAAUAAUUUUAAAAACUUCAAAGAAAAAAAAUUAAGAAAAGGAAUAUAUUAAUGUCAAAUUUAACGUAAAGGGAAUUACAGCAAUAUAAAUAUAUAUAUAUAUAUCUAUAAAUAUUUUCAAGGAUUCAGAGAACAAAAGGAGAGAAAAUCACAUAUUAAAACUUUCAACAACGAUUACCUAAUUUAAAAAAAAAACAUUUCAAGAUGCAGCAUAGUUAACGAACAAAACAGAAAAAUUAUACCUUCAAUAAAUCACAACUCAUAUAUAAAUGAGGCCUACUCAAAAGACAUGGGCCUAUUACAGCUGAUAUAAAUUUACCUGAUAUUUGGAAUAAAAGAAUUUGAUAAAAAAAAAAAAAAAAAACUACAUACGUUCAACAAAGACACAGAACUUCGUGCAAAAUGGGAGAUCGAUAAACAGGUUGGAAAAUCUGCAUCAAAGACUUACGUGUAAACGCCUGACUUGAUACCUACAAUGAACAAAAGUACUUAACAUAACGAAACACAAUGAGCGAUUUUUGAAAAAUUGAAAAAGUUAAACAAAAAAAUAGAAAACAACAGCAUUUCAAUUAUCUACGAUAAUAUCAACUAAUUAGAACAAAAUGGGAGGAGAUGUAUUAAUAUAAAUGAAAGUAUCUGCAAACAAAAAAUCGAAUGUAAAUACUUGGCUUUGAUAUAUAUAUAUAUAGAAGAACGAACAGAAUGAGAAGCAAUAAAGAGAUGAGAAAAAAACCAACUAAUUACGAAAGAAAGUCGAUAAAAAUAAAAAACAAUAAAUUUAAAAAAAAAAAACGAAUAUUUCGCCUUUUCACUGAUGUAAUAACGCUAUAUACCUAAUUAUAUAUGUAUGUCACAUUAUUAAACCGCAACGAAAGUUAAUUGAAUAAAUGAUAUUACAUCGAACGUUAAUUUUUCCAUAUAAAUGAAAAAUGACAGAACAAAAAAAAAAAACCAAAACAAAAAUCAUUGUGACCUUUGAAUAAUAAAUAUUGGUCGUGAAAAUUACGAGCAAAUUAAAAACUCAUAAAUAUACACACACACAUAUACAUAUAUAUACAAUUAUGUAAUAAUAUUAUACAUAUAUAUACGUGAACAUAUGCAUAUAUGUGUAUCUAUAUAAAUAUAUAUAUAUAUGUAAAUAUGAAUGGAAAAAAGAAAUCAUCAGAUGCAGGAGCAAAAAAAAAGUUAAAAAUACUUUGAGGGGCGUACGAGCGAAAAGAAAAGUUGGCAAACAUUUCCUAAUAUACCUACCUGAAUAUAUAUAUAUAUUUAUAUACAUAUACUUAUAUAUAUAUAAAUAAAUGAAUGAAGAAAAAAAAUAAUUAUGUACUUAAGGUCUUAAAAACGUAAUUGUUGUCAAAUGUGCAAUAUAUAUUAUGUAAGUUUUAGUUCACGUAAGACAUACGAUAUACUUUAAUGAUGAUAAUAUUGAUAAAAUUAAUAACAAUAAUGAUAAUAACGAUGAUUAUUAUAACGGUAAUAUUAAUAAUAAUUUUAAUGAUAAUAACAAUAAUAAUGAUAACGAGAACAUACUCCGGUCGUCAUGCGUUAAGUAGGGCGAAUUUGUGUAAAUUAUUUAAUCGAAUUGAUUAAUUAUACCAUUGGUAUGUAAAUGCGUAUAUAACAAUUAUAUAUAAAUUAUUGUAAUAUUUGGAAUUCGUAUAAUAUUAUAGUGAAACGUGCGAUGAAAAAAAUAUAUUAUAUAUUAUCGUACACGAUUUUGAAAGAGCAAAAAAAGAAAGCAAAAAAAGUUUUUGAAAUUAUGAUACACAUAUAGGAAGUAUACAUAAUAUACAUAUAUGUACUAUAUACCUGUAGUCGCACGAGCAUAUAGUAAAAGUUCUUUUUUUCUUUUAUCUUUUUCCAUAUUUGUUUCAUCUCAAUCGAAAUUAUAAGUGUUGAGAAAGUAUAAGGGAGCGAGUGGUGAAAAUUGACGAGAGUAAAAAAUUUUUAUUGUUAGAAUAUUAUAUUGUAAUAUUAUAAAAAGAUAAAAAAAAAAAAAGAAAAAUCUAAUCGAAAAUUCGGCCGUCUUAACGCGAAACAGACUAUUCUAUAUAGAAUAUAAUAUGUACACUUAAUAUACGCAGUAUUUUAAAAAUAAAACCACAAAAGAUAUAAAUUACGAAAAAAAUAAUCUCAUAUGUUCUCCGGAUGCAAAAAGAAAGAAAGAAAAACUCAA